AUGCCUUUUGGUGCACCUAAGUGCGACAGUGCCAAGUUGAAAUCAAACCUGAAACUAUGUAGCAACCGUCUCAAUCUUCUCCAAAAAAAGAAAACAGAAAUUGGUCUCAAAAAUCGCAGGGAAAUUGCAGAGUUGAUUAAACAAAAGAAAAUUGAGCGAAGUAGGAUCAAAACGGAGCAAAUUGUGCGUGAAGAUUACGUCGUUGAGGCCAUGGAAAUUCUGCAAACGUACUGUGAUUUGAUAGUCACACGUUUUGGCAUAUUCGAGGCGAAAAACGAGGUUGAUCCGGCUCUGGAAACGGCCAUCGCAACUCUCAUUUGGUCCACUCCACGGCUGAAUGCUGAAGUCAAUGAGCUUGAGCCCAUAAAAAAAUUAUUUUGUGCUAAGUACUCAAAGAGUUACGUUGAUUCAUGUUUGGAGAACAAAAUGCACACAGUCAACCCAUCUGUCAUUCAAAAGCUGGACGUUAUGGCCCCGUCGAAACAACUAGUAGAGCUGUAUAUGUCAAUGGCUCUGCGCAUUGAGCUUACGAGGUUAAUGCUGAGUCAUGAUCGGGACGUCGAACGUGCCCUACCCUAG